GUCGUCGGCUCGUCAGAGCGUUGUGCAUCAGCGAUCGCGCAUACGUUAACCAUCGCUAAUAUUGUACAUCCACGCCGCCUCUGUCGCGUGCCCGCACGCGAAUUUUCCGCAUCCGCGUCACCACUGUCCGCCGAUCUCGCACGGAUAUCGCGCGCGCGUUUCUCCGCGAGGGUGACGCUGGCGCGCGACCCACGUGAUAAACGCCUCUAUCGCGACGUCGUCGUCGUCGUCAAAGACAGCGUGUCACGCCGACUUAGACGGUCGGCGGCUUGUUUUGACAGCGUGAUAACGCCGCAGUCCACGACGGGGGUUGACGCUCGCUUUUGUGACGGCGAUCGAGGAUAGACGGAGAGGCGGUUACGCAUCUCUCUCGCUCCAGCGCGCACGAGGGUGAGAGACGGGCGACCGUGAGUGGGGCAGAGUGGCGCGCCGGGAGGGAACGAGAAAGUGGUGGAUGCGUGGGUGGUAGGAGAGAGGGGAAGGUCGACGCUGACUCGCGAGGGGCGACGCGUGUGCCGAGGACUGUUGUUUUCGGCGAACUGCUAAGAAACGUUCAUUCACACGGCGAUCGACGUCUCCGAAACGCGCGCUCGCUCCGCUCGCUCAAAUUGCUCAUCCUGCACUCCGUCGUAAUUCGCGCGCCUCAUUCGUGCGACUCGCGCGCGGACAAGAGCGAUCGGUAUCGCGAGCGAGAACUUCCGCGGGCACCUGCCACGCGCCACUGUGAGACAUUGACCGUGACACUCGAGUACGCGUGAGAGAGACAGAGUGAUUACGCGACUCCAUUGGUCCAGGUGAAGUUUGAUUUUAAUCGCCGACAGAGAGGAUACGAUGACAGGUUGCAUUCACGGGAGAAAGUGACUGAACCCAAGUGUUCUCCAAUUUGUAGUUGUAGAUCUAGAAGUAGAGUGAACCGUCGAGGCUCGCGACAGAAGGUGAUGAUUCUUCAAACUCAAGUGUCGCGCGACGAAUUUAAAGACGGAGAAAAGUGCGACGAGAAGUGACAGAUCCGAAUUGUUUUCCCACGUCGGAUCGAGGAACGGUGAAGCGCAAAGGUGCAUCGUUUGGGGCAAACGUAAUUGUUUUCAAUUGUUCGCGGUAUCCGCUUAUUAGAGAGAGAGCAGAGAUUCGAGCGGAAUGCGUUUAUAGGACUCGGUGACUGAUCGUGCACGUAACGUGACUUAAUUGUACAUGUAUCCACGUGUUAGGUGAGUGAAGUGGACGCGCACGACUUACAUAGUACCAACGAGAGUGUCGUCUUUCGCGUGAUCUUUGUGUAACCCGCGAUAGCGCGGGUUCUUCGUAACGAAGGUGGCUCACACAGCUCGAGAUAGGGCCGCCGAAUUGCAGGCGGAAGUGCGCAGCGCCAUAAGAGUGCUGCAUGGCUGGUGCCCCCGGCCGCCGCAGGGGCACGCGCGGGGCGAAACGGUGCUAAUGUCACCGCAGUCUCAAAUACGUGGCAAUCACGGAAGAAACGGCGGUCCGCCGCCGCCGCCGCCCGCUACAGUCGUAGUUAGCUCGACGUCCAGCAUGAGACCGCCGCCGCCGCCGCCGCCUCCCAGAGCGCGGAGCUCGAACGAGAGCAAGGGUCAUCACGAGGAACCCACCAGUUCUAUUCCGGACCUCGAAUUCGACGGCACCACCGUGCUCUGCCGAGUCUGCGGUGAUAAGGCGUCCGGUUUUCAUUAUGGAGUUCACUCCUGCGAAGGAUGCAAGGGCUUCUUCCGCCGGAGCAUCCAGCAGAAGAUUCAGUAUCGGCCGUGCACCAAGAAUCAACAGUGCAGCAUCCUCCGGAUCAACAGAAAUCGGUGCCAGUACUGUCGUCUUAAAAAGUGCAUCGCCGUCGGCAUGAGUCGCGAUGCGGUGCGAUUCGGCCGCGUGCCCAAGCGUGAGAAGGCCAGGAUUCUGGCUGCCAUGCAGCAGAGCUCGCACAGCCGUUCCCAAGAGAAGGCGGUAGCAGCGGAGCUGGAGGACGAGCAGCGCCUGCUCGCGACUGUGGUGCGAGCCCAUCUCGACACAUGCGACUUCACCAGGGACAAGGUGGCGCCGGUCCUCGCCAGAGCUCGCGAGACCCCCAAUUACACCGCGUGUCCACCGACCUUGGCAUGUCCGUUGAAUCCUAAUCCGCAACCGUUGACCGGGCAGCAGGAGCUGCUGCAGGAUUUCUCCAAGAGAUUCUCGCCGGCCAUACGCGGCGUCGUGGAAUUCGCGAAGCGCAUACCUGGAUUUAGCCUGCUGGCUCAGGACGACCAGGUCACAUUGUUGAAGGCGGGCGUUUUCGAGGUGCUGCUCGUGCGAUUGGCCUGCAUGUUCGACGCUCAAACGAACAGCAUGAUUUGCUUAAACGGCCAGGUGCUCAAGCGCGAGUCCAUCCACAACAGCAGUAAUGCGCGAUUCCUAAUGGACUCGAUGUUCGACUUUGCGGAGAGGGUCAACUCCUUGCGACUCUCCGACGCCGAGCUCGGUCUCUUCUGCUCCGUCGUGGUGAUCGCCGCCGACAGGCCAGGACUUCGCAAUACCGAGCUGGUCGAACGUAUGCACAAUAAGCUGCGAAACGCCCUGCAAACGGUUCUGGCGCAGAAUCAUCCGCAGCAUCCCGACAUUCUCCGCGAACUGCUGAAGAAGAUACCCGACCUAAGAACCCUGAAUACUCUGCACUCGGAAAAACUUCUGGCUUUCAAGAUGACUGAGCAGCAACAACAACUGCAGGCUCAACAGCAACAUCAGCAGCAGCAGCAACAGCAGCAGCAGCAGCAACAACAGCAACAAACACAGCACGUUAUCACUGCUCAGCAGCAGCCGCAUUGGCCGAUGGAGGAGGAGCCUCCGGCUUCCUGGGGCUCCGCCUCGGACGUGACUCUGGACGAAGCGGUCAAGAGCCCGCUCGGCAGCGUAUCGAGCACCGAAAGCACGUGCAGCGGCGAGGUCGCGUCUUUAACGGAAUAUCAUCACGUCACGCCGCCCAGUGGUCAUCACGCAUCGAGCGCACCGCUUCUGGCCGCCACUUUGGCCGGUGGAUUGUGCCCGCACAGACGACGAGCGAACUCCGGCAGCACCAGCUCCGGCGACGACGAGCUCCAUCGCACCACCAUGUCGAAGACGCCGCAGCCGCCGCAGUGCCCGCGGUUCCGCAAGUUGGAUUCGCCGAGCGACAGCGGAAUCGAGUCCGGCACCGAGAAGACCGACAAACCGGCCAGCAGCAGCGCCAGCAGCGCUCCUACGUCCGUGUGCUCGAGUCCGCGUUCCGAAGACAAGGAGGUGGAGGAUAUGCCGGUGCUGAAGCGUGUGCUCCAGGCGCCGCCGUUGUACGACACCAACUCUCUGAUGGACGAGGCUUACAAGCCGCACAAGAAGUUCCGCGCUCUGCGCCAGAAGGACAGCGCCGAGGCUGAACCAGCUGUCGUGGUGCAGCAUACGCAAUCUCAGCUGCAUCUGCAUUUAACUUCGCCACCAGCGCGCAGUCCGCCUACUCAGACGGCGCAAGCUCAAUGCCCGCAGACUGCGAGUCUCCUCAGCAGCACGCAUUCCACCUUGGCGAGAAGCCUGAUGGAGGGCCCGCGAAUGACUGCGGAACAGCUGAAGCGCACGGACAUCAUACACAAUUACAUAAUGCGCGGCGAGGCCAACGGCAGGUCGCCCACGGCUUCGCCGUCGCCCGCGGAGCAGUGCGCAUCGACCACCACCGUGACGGUGCGCUCGACGCAAGGAUCUCAGGGCCUCCUGCAGUGCGCCACCACGAGCUACUCGAGCAGAUGGCCGGCCACCUCGGUGAUUACGACGACAACAGGUGCGCGACAGCAACAGCAGCAACAGCAGCAGCAACAGCAGCAGCAGCAGCAGCAGCAGCAGUCUUCCUCAGACUAUCUCGCUGUUGGCAAUUCGCCGGCUUCGUCGCCGAGAUAUCUGUCCGCCGCGGCGAGCAGCAGUACGAGCACGAGUCCGAGGCCGACCUCGAGUACGGCCGCCACGCUGGUGUUGUCCGGCUGUCCGAGCAACAUGAUGGAACUGCAAGUCGACAUCGCGGACAGCCAGCAGCCGCUGAACCUCUCGAAGAAGUCGCCAUCUCCAUCGCCAUCACCCAGACCACUCGUCGGACCUUGCAAGGCCCUCUCCCUCGAGGCGUAGUGUUCUCGCGAGCUGGAGUGAUCUCCCGUGACACGUGUUGACGCGUUCGCGCGCGAAACCGGGAUCUCGGAUCCAUCUAUCACCUGUCGGCGAACACUGAUCGUCGUAACGCGGUACCUUCCCCGGCCCUUGACCAGAAACGAAAGUGCCAGGACGCUUUGAGCGCGUGAAAAACCAAAUAAUUUAUUAAUUUAAACUACUUAUCGCUAAAAGAGGAAAAAAUCGCGCGAGAGAGGUGGAGGUUACGGAAGGGAGAAAA